GCGUGGCCGGCACUGGUUGCGCAUCAGCCUUCCUGGUCGGGCCGAGCGCAGCCUUGGGGUUCGGGGUAGCCAUGGGGCAGAUCGAGUGGGCCAUGUGGGCCAACGAGCAGGCGCUGGCGGCCGGGCUCAUCAUGCUGACAGGCGGGAUCGUGGCCGUGGCAGGGCAGUUCAAGGGCUGGUACUUCGCAGCAUAUGCCAUCGCUGCAGGUGUCCUGGUCUGCCUGCUUGAGUACCCCAGGAGCAAGAGGAAGAAGGGCUCCACCAUGGAGAGGUGUGGCCAGAGGUACCUGACAGCGGUGGUGAAGCUCUUUGGACCCCUCACAAGGAAUUACUACAUCCGAGCCGUGCUGCACGCUGCCCUGGCCGUCCCUGCCGGCUUCCUGCUGUCCACCAUCCUGGGCACCGUCUGCUUGGGCAUCGCCAGUGGCAUCUACCUGCUGGCUGCAGUGCGUGGGGAGGAGUGGAGCCCCAUAGAGCAGCAGCCCCGGGAGCGGCCCCAUGUGUGGGGCACCCUCAAGCAGCCCCCCAGCAACCCCCCCCCACGGCCCCCCCAGGAUGCCCGUAGGAAGCAGGCGGCAGAAGGGGGGGGUCAGGUGAACCCCAUCCCUGUGGAGGCUGAGUGAUGGAUGGGGGGGACCCCCUGAUGCUGCUGCUGCUGCUGCUCAUGCUUCCCAAUGUACUGCGGCUGCUGGGGGGGAAUGGGGUGCUCGGCUCAUGGGGAUCUUCAGAUCCAUAGGGAUGCUCGGUUCCUAUGGGGUCCACAGCUCCUUGGGAUCUCCAAAUCCAUGACGAUCAUCAGUUCUCCCUGGGAUUCCUGGGGAGUCCCCAGAUCCAUAGGGAUGCUCAGCUCCUAUGGGGUCUUUAGGUCCCAGGGGCUCCCAUCUCCUGUGGAUCCUCACAUCCCAAGAGAUGCUCAGCUCAAUGAGGCAUCUCGAGCUUCCACAGGCUCCCCAAAUCCUAAGGGAUGCUCAGUUCCAUGUGGGGUCUCCAGAUCCGGGGGCUGCCCAUCCCCUGUGGAUCCCCAAAUCCAGGGAUGCUCAACUCAAUGAGGCAUCUCCAGCUUCCAGGGGCUCCCCAUCUCUUGGGGGUCCCCACAUCCACAGGGAUGCUCAGCUCCAUGAGGGAUCUCCAGGUCCCAUAGGCUCCCCAGGUCCCCAUAUCCCUGGUGAUCAUCAGUUCCCCCUUGGCUCCCCACUAUCCCAAAUCCCCACUGAUGCUCAGCUCCCUGAGGGGUCCAGCUCUCCAAGCACCCCCCAGUUCUCCGGGAUCCCCAGAUCCCUAUGGAACACCAGCUUCCCAUGAGAUCCCCAUCUCCCCAUGAUGGGGAUCAGCAGCUCCACUCCACACUUGGCUCUUGCUGCUUGUUGUCACUUGUGCAGCUGCAAUAAAGGGAUAAACACG